CGGACAAACUUAAUUGUAAACAACAAGGUUGCAGCGCAGAGCCAGACGUCGCAGUCGAUUUCAAGAGUUCGACAAGAUACCGGGUCAGCAAUGUCGGAGACCCGAAAAAUGGCCCAGCAGGCGGCCAUGCAAAUCGCGGCCGGUGGUUCUGCCGGGUUUGUUGAGGUUUGCCUCAUGCACCCUCUGGACUUGGUCAAGACGCGACUGCAGCUGCAGGCCCGCAGAGGUCCCGCCGUCGGGGUCGCCUCUGACCCUCAUUUCUACAAUGGGGUGGUCGACUGUUUUCGCAAAAUGUACCGGCACGAGAGCUUCCUGGCCUACUGGAAGGGCGUGCUGCCCCCAAUCCUCGUUGAGACCCCGAAAAGGGCCGUCAAGUUUUUCACAUUUGAACAGUACAAACAGUUCUUCCUCUUUGGGUCACCAACGCCAACUCCAUUGACUUUCUCAUUGGCUGGCUUGAGUGCUGGAAUCACAGAGGCAAUUUUGGUGAAUCCAUUUGAGGUGGUAAAAGUUGCCCUCCAAGCCAACAAAUCCGAGGCGCCUUCAACGUGGAGUGUGACAAGGAAAAUUGUCAACGACAAUGGACUUCGAGGACUCAACAAAGGACUUACAGCCACCAUUGCGAGGAAUGGAGCAUUUAACAUGGUCUACUUUGGGUUCUACCACUCUGCCAAAAACUAUCUACCAGAAUCACAUGACCCAUGGUUAGAAUUCAGCCGGAAACUGUUUCUCGGCUUUGUGUCCGGCACCCUGGCGUCGUGUUUCAACAUCCCAUUCGAUGUGGCCAAAAGUCGCAUCCAAGGGCCUCAGCCGGCCAGCGGGCGAAAGUACUUUUCCACUGUGGCGACAAUGCGACUCGUGGUGGCGGAAGAGGGCUGGCGAGCCCUUUACAAGGGUCUUGUGCCAAAAGUGAUGCGUCUCGGACCGGGCGGCGCCGUCAUGCUGCUCGUCUACGAACACGCAUAUGCCUACUUGCAGGCCAGAUACCCCCUGUGACUCGAUUUUGCAGCAUUUAUAUAAUUUAUCUCACUCCAAUAUUAUCCAGUAGCAAGCAAGCGCCCAGAUUUCUUCAAUUGAGUUAAUUGGAUAAUAUUUAUACUAGUCUCUUUCUAACGUUUUUUUAAUGAACAUUUUUUAGCAAACUUUUAACAACAGCAGUUCGCCAAGUGAAAUUAUUUAAAGAAAUUAAUCUGUGAUUUAAAAAUCCCACCAAGAGCAUGAUCUCUGCCUGCAAGUUACCUAAUUCCUAUCCUUCAGCAAUAGAAGAUAUCUGGGCUAUAGGGGCCUUCUUUUGUGAGACCAAUGAUUGAAAUAUGAUGUGCCUAUGCUUUGUAUAGAGGUGAAAAGAAUGGAAAUUCUAUGUUAUUGAAUAACAGUUAAUUUGCUAACUGCCAAAUAAGAGACUUAGUGUGUCUAAAAUCGAAUAGAUUUAACAAUAAUACCAAUUCUGUCAAAGAUUUAUAAUAAAAAUUGACGAAAGAAUUUUAUAUCAAAAACUUUAAAGGGUUUACUUAUAAAUUAAACGUAAUAUGAUAAUUACUUAUAUUUUUUAAUUUCCAUAAUAUGCUUGAUAUGCUCUUGUUUCCUAAACUUGCAUAUUUCAACAAUUGUUAAAUUUUUUCCAUUCAAUCCAAACUUGAGCCAGUUUCAGAAAUUUAUUUUACAGAGAAACUGCCUCUCUUUACCAUUGGCCUUGACGCCGAAUUAUUUUUCAAGUUUGACUUGUUUUGACCGCAACAAGUAAAAACCAUGAUUGUCAUUCAAAAUCUCUUUUGAUAUAUUUUUAUCAUGACUGACGUACAAGUUAAUUAGAGGCAAGUAGGAAAGGUCAGCGCGCAACAUUUUCAAGGGUCUGCUGCCCUCGAUAUAGUAGAGCUCUGUUAUUAUUAUCCAUGUACGCCAGCAGCGCUCCAUAUGUGUGUGCACGUUUUUGCCUUAAAUAUAUCCCACACAUUUGUUUUCAUGUGUGCUUAACAAUUUCAGUUCAAUGCCUCAAAACAAUUAAAUGCCAUUAAUGCAGGCACUAUGAUUGCUAUGAGCACCCCCACUCUAAGCUCUCUGCUAUUAAAAUUUAUCUCUCUAUAGCCGCAUUUUUUUCACCUGAUUUGCACUUGUAAAGUAGAUCACAAUUUAGCAUUGAAGUUAAGUACCUUUGUUAUAAUUUUUAAUUUAAACUGCUAUUCAUGGUAAUUAAAUUUCUGAUAAAUUAUUUAUACUCAUGAGAACUCAACCAACAUAUUUAAACCUACAAUUAAACCACUUUAAAAUGUUCUUUCAGAAUAAAACAUAAUUAA